AUGUCGAACAAAGAUGACGAUCGACGCCUUUUCGAACAUUUCGUGAUCGCUGGUCUUUCGCAGGAAGCACCUGAGCAAGCCACCCCAUCAUCACAAGAAUUCGGCUUUCGGAACAGUUCUCCUCUCGCUCCAAUUACUGAUAUCUGUGUCAUAUUCCCUAGUCUUGGUGAAACGGCUCCCGAAGGCUACGAGAUAAUUGAAACCACACAAUUGGGGUAUCCUGCUGAUCUAAAUCAUGGCUCAAUACGUAUGCCAAGCGUCUUUCUCUGUUAUCGCAGGGGAUAUCACAAGCCUCCAUUGCUGGACAUUGGACUGAUUGAAUAUGGACGGGGUGAAAAGCCUAUGGUGGAUACUAACAUUGUGCAGACAACGCCUUUUGGACGGCCGGCGAAUGUUAAUAACGCUUCUCAAAAUAUAUUUCUAACUUAUCGACGGGCUGUUCCCAGUAGUGCACCGAGCCAGUUUGUUGUAACCGACAUCUGCGUUAUACUUGCUAAUAAGGGAGAAAUUCCUUUGCAUACUUACUACAAAAUUCCGAAGAAUUUAAAUAAGGGUAUGGUUGGUUCAGAUGUUUAUAUCUGCUACAAGAAAUCACAGUGCUCUACAAAACGAUUAGCAUACAAACCAACAGUUCUCGAUUACUUCCCGAAAGGAAAGGGCGGAGAUAACAACGACGAUGAUUUCAAAUUGGCUCAGAAUAUAUCGCUGUUUUGUCUUCCCAUGGGUGCGCUUAUCGAAUGUUGGCCAGUGAAAUGCCAACCACCGGACAGAGUUUUCUCAACCUUUGUUCUCACCGAUGAAAACGGAACAAAGUUCUAUGGCGCUUCUGUAUCAUUCUUCGAGAAGUAUGAUGAAAAGUUGUCGGAAGAGCAAUUAGAACAAUUAGAACUCAAUUCAUCAGGCCGGGUAGAUGAAGCUGGUGCAGUUGAGGAUAGCUCGAGUAACAACGAUCCUGCUGACGAGAUGACUUUUUACACGAACAUUGCCAUAUGCAUUAUAUCGAGAUAUCCCUUCUUCAACUCUUUCAAACGUUUUCUUUACUACAUACACAGGAUGUCUAUAGGAGGAGGAGUGCAUGCUGUCCCCAUCGAACGUUACAUUUCUCAUUUGAUGUUCGAAGUGUCUUUUCCUACACCACGACGUCCAUAUGUUCUCAUGCAGCUAGGAUCUGAAACAAUCAGUUUUGACUCAUACGACGAGAGCCAAUUACCCUUGAACGGUACUUUUUCUAUUCAGACUAAACGGUCUGGAUUCAGCCACAUGGAUGGUGUCUUCACUCAUUUUUACCAUUCCAUUCUAGGUGCUCAGCUGUGCGACACGCUCAGAGCGCUUGGUACAGACAACCUUAUUUAUCUAAUGAUGCUCGCGCUGUUGGAACAAAAAAUAUUGGUACAUUCGCUGAGGUCGUGGAUGUUGACGGCUGUUGCUGAGAGCGUCUGUGCCCUGAUGUUUCCUUUCCAUUGGCAAUGUCCAUAUGUUCCUCAGUGUCCUCUCGGGUUGGCCGGUGUUCUUCAUGCUCCUUUGCCAUUUAUUGCUGGAGUCGAUUCAAGAUACUUUGACUUGUAUGAAGACCCUCCUCCCGAUGUGACCUGCUUCGACCUAGACACGGCCACGAUAAGUCAGUCAUUGAAUCGACAAACAUUAAAGCUGUCGAUUCUGCCGAAGAAACCAACAAAACAACUGAAGGCGACGCUGGAUGACUUAUUCAGGAGGCUAAAUAAAGAGGCCUUCGAUCUUGGAAGUAAGAAAGCGGAUUAUGUUCCUGUGGAUCGUGAAAUGGUGAUACAAAAGAAACGAAAAGAGUUGGAGAUGGCAAUUCAUGAUGCGUUUUUGAGAUUUAUGGCGAAUCUAAUGCGUGGUUACCAGUCGUUUUUGAAGCCUAUCAAAAAAGGUUUCCUGAAAUCAAGGGAUAAAUCUGGAGUGGAGUUUUUUAAAAGAUUCGGCGCUACUCAAUCUUUCAUUCGUUUCAUUGAAGAGCGUAGCUUCAUAUCCGAUAAGAGCACGUACAACGCUUUCUUUGAUGAUUGUAUAGCAAAAGUGGACGCCUGUGAAUGGAGUGAUGUGCCUCUUCUAGAGUCUGAUUCCUCCGCCCACCUCAAUAAUACUUCUGUGUUCAUUGCACCUCCAGAACCGAUCAUUGAUCCUGCCACGGGACUUGAGCGUGAAUUCAAAUAUGAACGGUUCCCACGUCGUUUGGAUCCUGCCCUGUUUCAGCUGGAUCAGCUGAAUUUGAAUCGCACCGCUGACCAGCACACUGUACCAGUGCAGUACGAACACAAUCGAUGUGCCGCGGUUCGAACAAAACCUGAAAUGAAAUCGUCCAUUCUUGCGGCGACGAACUCAGUGCGCACAAACCCUUUGCACUGGCCGAAAACCCUCCUGUUCUAUGCUUAUUCACUGUGGUUUAUGCAGUUACCGAGUCUUGUCGCCAUUGCUCCGAACAAGCGUAAAAUUCUACUGUUGGCCUUUCAUAUUUUGGAUAGAAUGGAGCAUACAGAAGUUUUUCCUCUGGAUCAAGUUUGCUACCGCAUCCUCAUUGAACUUUGUGGCGAGUGUGGAGAACCUUCGCUAGCUGUGAAAGUGCUUCAAGCAAUGCAUCGUGCUGGGGUUGAGCAAAAUGCCGUCACAUAUGGAAUUUACCAUCGUGCCGUGCUGAAUGCUAAGUGGCCUUCUCCUUCUCGACAACGGGCAAUAUCUGCGUGGGCUACGCUACGGCUGCAUCUGCAAGCUGUGGCUAAAUUCAAAAUGUGCAUACGUUCGAAUGCACACACAAUAUAUCCUCCUGUGACAGACACGCAAUCAGUGAGUGACAGUGGAUAUCACAGUGAUAAAGCAGCCGAAGAAAAGCGUUUGGAGGCGCUCGAAUUGGAAACGAAACCCUAUGUCAUUUCGUAUCAUCCCGUUCAAGGAAAUGGGAAGGAGCACAAUCUUUCCGGUUCUGAUGACGACUCUGGCGCUAAAAUCAACCCACUGGAUCCCCUCGGAGCUCUGUCGAGUGCGGAAACUCCGAAAAGUCCAAGUACACCCAAGCUUUCUACAAACUACAUGCCAAUGAGUCCAAGCAGGGCCAAGUUCAUGGCAGAGCUAGAAUCCACUCCUUUCGCCAGCGAGUUCAAUUCUAAAUCAGAGAAUAAGACACCCAACAAAUCUAUUGGUUGGUUGAAAGGAAUAACGAACAGCCCAUUAUUGAAAAUGAUCCGCAGUCAAACGUUUGAUCCAAAGCCUCCAGAUCCGGAAACGCAAGGAAUGUCAGUGAGUCCAAGUCUCCAUGCCCUUGUCAACCAAGUAUGGAAGGGAUAUGAUGACGUCCGGAUGGACGCUGUCUCUUCCAAGCUGAAGCUAGGAGUUUCCUCACUAGUGCGCGAAGUCAAAAGCCUCAACCGCUCUUAUCGUGAACGGGGCAGUGGGACCCUUUUCGGCGACGACUCGGACGAUGAGGCGGUGGAUAUAGAUGAAGAGGACAACGCUUACCAGCUAGACUGUGGCAAGGCCGACUCCAUUCUGAGUGAUGACUGGUGGCUGAGAGAGGUUUAUCUGCAACUGCGACGAAAUGAAAUGCGUAAAGUGGAGAAAGAGGAGGCGAAGGAAGCACCAUCUCCAAGUUCAGGUAUCGUCGACGUGACACUGUCGUCUUGUACACCAUGUCCAAACUGCCGAAUGAUGAUAUACGAUGAGGAGAUUAUGUCAGGAUGGAAAGUGGAUGACCAGAAUCUCAACACCAUUUGUCCAUAUUGUGUUCCACCAGAGGAGGUGAAAUCAGAAGCGGAGCGUAGUGGGGUAAUGUUUUAUUCCUUAAAUGGAUAUAAAAUUUCCUUCUAUGGCUGA